UCUCUAUCUCCUCCCUAUGCUCACCGCCUGCCUCACCCCCCUUCGCUCUCCUCCUCCUCCUCCUCCUCCCCCCUCUCUGCUCAGCACAGCAUAGGAAAAGCAGCCAGGAAAGCGAGAAGAGAGAGAGAGAGAGAGAGAGAGCGGCCUGUCUGUGUACUGGUGUGAGGCCCCUCAUGUCUGGCCAAAGAGAGCUGAAGCCUCCUGUGUGCACCCCUCACCACCAAGAGAGGAGCACCCCAACCUGCUGCAUAGACAGCAAGCGACCGGAAACCAGGCACUGAAGCAAAACCCUUGCAAGAAGAGGGAUCCAGAAGGGGAAAAAAAAGAGACUGCAAUUAACAUCUAGCACCCUCCCAAAAAAGAAGGCAAUUGCUUCAUCCUUUUGUUUUUUCUGCAUUGACUAUGUCUGGCGUGUCCUGGAAAUACUGGAAUAUUUUCCUAUGAAAGAUGGACCCCCCCCCCCCCUACAUCCUUCCCAACGAGGAUGGAAUAUAACAUACAUUAUUGUCUCCCUCAGGGCUCACGAUUGAACUGCUCCUAAAUAUUUCAGGAGGAAAGAGAUGAUCUACUGCAGGUUCCUCGGUGUCUUCUGGCGUGUCUUUGCUACACGUUAAUGUAUGGACUGCAUUGCCUUACUCUGGUGUGGAGAUAUCUGCUUUCCUGAAUGACUGUAUUUAGCUGCCAGAACAGGGAGACAGGAGAGGCUACUUUGCAUGGAGGCGCAAGUGAGUGCUACCUCAGGCAGGCUGGAAGCUGUCAAAACCCUUCUGUUAGUCUGCAGCUAAAGGUUAGGAGGGGGCGGUAGUGUUCCUGGUGGUGGUGGUGAAGGGGGUGUGAGGUGGAGAAAGGAAGAAAAAAAAAAAAAAAGUCCCAGGAAAACUAUAUAUCGACAAUAUGGCUUCCCCUGUGAACCAGCAGCUGCUGCAUCAUACGGAGGUGAGGUGUGAUGGCAGCGGGGACAAUACUAGUGUAACUGUGAAAAUUAAUAGACAGCACCACCAAGCACCUUCGAGGCGUUGCAAAUACAGCAUAUCAUCCAGCUGCAGCUCUGGGGAGUCUGGAGUAAAAAAGGGUGGAGGAGUCGGGGGUGCUCGAAAAAAGAAGAAGCUCCCUCAGCUUUUUGAAAGGUCUAUGUCCAAGUGGUGGAACCCAAAAUUCGAUUCCAGUAACCUGGAGGAAGCCUGCGUAGAGAGAUGCUUCCCACAGACGCAGCGCAGGUUUCGCUAUGCUCUACUGUACCUCUCUGUGUCUGGGCUCCUGUGGAGCAUCUACUUCGGUGUCCAUAUGAAAGCCAAACUUUGCUACCUUGUACCAACCCUGUGCUUCCUUGUGGUGUGCCUAAGCUUUUUCUUCUUUACCUUCACGAAAUCUUAUGCUCGGCACUGCACGGUCAUCUCCUUACUUGUCACAUUGCUGGUCUUUGCCUUGACUUUGGCCUCUCAGUUCCAGGUUUUGACCCCUAAAACUGCACACCAUGACCUAUCAAACCUUACUUCCCUCCGAGCUCCAGCUUCAACUUCUUGCAUGUCCCAAGUUGGCAGUUUCUCAAUUUGUGUGGAGGUUUUGCUCCUUCUCUACACAGUAAUGCACUUGCCCCUGUACCUCAGUGCCUGUCUUGGGGUAGUUUACUCGAUACUUUUCGAGACCUUUGGAUACCACUUUCGUGACGAAGGAUGUUUCGCUCCUUUGGAAGAUAGGAUGGCUCAUUGGGAACUACUAAGCAAGGCGCUAUUGCAUGUCUGUAUUCAUGCCAUUGGAGUCCACCUUUUCAUAAUGUCUGAAGUCCGAUCACGCAGCACUUUCUUAAAGGUUGGCCAGUCCAUCAUGCAUGGCAAAGAUCUGGAAGUGGAGAAAGCCCUCAAAGAAAGAAUGAUUCACUCUGUCAUGCCAAGGAUUAUUGCUGAUGACCUAAUGAAGCAGGGGGAUGAUGAGAGUGAGAAUUCAGUAAAACGCCAUUCAGCGUCAAGCCCCAAAAGUCGCAAAAAGAAGUCCUCUAUCCAAAAGACGCCAAUUGUCUUCAGGCCCUUCAAGAUGCAAAGAAUAGAGCAAGUAAGCAUACUGUUUGCCGAUAUUGUAGGAUUCACCAAGAUGAGCGCCAACAAGUCUGCCCAUGCCCUUGUGGGACUUCUCAAUGACCUGUUUGGCCGCUUUGACCGGCUCUGCGAGGAGACAAGAUGUGAGAAGAUCAGCACAUUGGGUGACUGCUACUACUGCGUGGCAGGAUGCCCCGAACCGCGGGCAGAUCAUGCCUACUGCUGCAUUGAGAUGGGCCUUGGCAUGAUUGAGGCCAUUGAGCAGUUCUGCCAGGAGAAGAAAGAGAUGGUCAAUAUGCGUGUCGGUGUACACACUGGUACAGUGCUAUGCGGCAUCCUUGGCAUGAGAAGGUUUAAGUUUGACGUGUGGUCAAAUGAUGUCAACCUCGCCAAUCUCAUGGAGCAGCUUGGAGUUGCGGGCAAAGUGCACAUAUCUGAAAAAACGGCAAAAUAUCUGGACGAUCGCUACAUGAUGGAAGACAGUUUGGUGGUGGAACGCGUUGGACAGAUUGUAGCGGCCGAUCAGCUGAAAGGCCUGAAGACCUUUCUGAUUUCUGGGCGCAGGCCGUGUGUCCCCAGCUGCAGCUGCUCCCAGACUUUGCUGCCAUUACAGGAGGGAUCAGACCCCAGCAGCGGCUCACAGACCCCCCAUGGCAUGGGUGGUCUCGUUACAGACAGCGCCAGUGAAUCUCUUCUUCAUUGCUCUCACCUGGAAAGACUCAAGAACUGUCCUUCAUGUGGAGAAACUGGGGUCCGCGAUGGAGUGGAGGAAGGAGCAUCAGCUGUAAAUGGUACCCCUGAAGAAUGGAAAGGAGGAGGCAGCCGGCCCACAGCCAUUGGACGUCAUUUAAAAACCCAGAAUGGACUUCUAAGUCCACCUCCAGAAGAUACCUUGAACAACAGCCAGGCCUCCUUGUAUGAGAUGCUUCAAGAAAAGGGUCGCUGGUGUGGGGUCAGUAUGGACCAGUCAGCUCUCCUCCCUCUUCGCUUCAAAAACAUCAGGGAGAAGACUGAUGCUCAUUUUGUGGAAGUAAUUAAAGAGGACAGCUUAAUGAAGGAUUACUUCUUCAAGCCACCCAUCAACCGCUGGAGCCUGAACUUUCAAGACAAGGAGCUGGAAACCUCAUAUAGAGCCAGUUACCAGGAGGAGGUCAUGCGCAUGGCUCCAGUGAAGACCUUCGCCAGUGCUACAUUCAGCUCCUUGCUUGAUGUGCUCCUCAGCUUCUUCAUCUUCGUCCUUCUUUCCAUCACCUGUUUCUUGAAGCCAGGCAGAGUCCCUGUAUCUCCCCCAACGCCGGCUCUUGUGGUGCUAGCCGUGUGCGGCUUUCUGGGGUUCCUCUCCUUGCUUGUUUCCAUCAGGAUGGCCUUCUAUCUCGAGGACAUGUUCGUGUGCACCAGACAGCUCCUGGAGAUCAUCUCUGGUUGGCUUCCGCGACAUCUAAUUGGCACUGUGCUUGUGUCUCUCCCCGCAGCUGUCGUUUUCUCCUAUCUGACACAGGACUUCCACAACAACGCACACUACACCAUGUUCCUGUGCUCGGCUCUACUGAUCCCCAUCGUCCAGUACUGUAACUUCUGCCAGCUCAGCUCCUGGCUGCGAUCCUCUCUUGCUACCCUGGCAGGGGCGACCCUGUUGAUUCUGCUAUACGUGCCGCUCUUUCCGGAUGAGCCCCCAGGGACAAUGGAAUCAGAUCCAGCGACAAAUUUCAGCUUGUUCCUUCCACCCGAUGUCAACCUGGGUACCAGCAAUACCAGUAAGCCAUCGUCACAGCUUGGGCAGGAGCUCACCGUGGCCUACUUUCUCCUCCUCCUUUUGGUUUGGUUCCUGAAUCGGGAGUUUGAGGUCAGCUACCGCUUGCACUACCAUGGUGACGUGGAGGCAGACCUUCACCGCACUAAAAUCCAGAGUAUGAGAGAUCAGGCCGACUGGCUUCUCCGUAACAUCAUCCCCUAUCACGUGGCUGAACAACUGAAGGUCUCCCAGAGCUACUCCAAAAAUCAUGACGAUGCCGGCGUCAUAUUCGCCAGCAUAGUCAACUUUAGCGAAUUCUACGAAGAGAACUACGAAGGAGGUAAAGAGUGCUACCGGGUCCUCAACGAACUCAUCGGAGACUUUGAUGAGCUCCUCAGCAAACCCCAUUACUCCUGCAUUGAGAAGAUCAAGACCAUCGGCGCCACCUACAUGGCCGCUUCUGGACUCAACCCGUCUCAGUGCCAGGACAGCAGCCAACCCCACCGCCACCUGCAGACGCUGUUUGAGUUUGCCAAGGAAAUGAUGAGCGUGGUGGACGACUUCAACAACAACAUGUUGUGGUUUAAUUUCAAGCUCCGCAUUGGUUUUAACCACGGUCCACUGACAGCUGGCGUUAUUGGGACCACAAAGCUGCUUUAUGACAUCUGGGGGGACACGGUGAACAUUGCCAGCAGAAUGGACACCACCGGUGUGGAAUGCCGUAUCCAGGCGAGUGAAGAAAGCUAUAGGGUGUUAGUGAAAAUGGGCUAUGACUUUGACUACAGAGGGACAGUCAACGUCAAGGGCAAAGGACAGAUGAAAACGUACCUUUACCCAAAAUGCACGGACAAUGGCGGCCUAGUGCCCCACCACCAACUGUCCAUCUCUCCAGACAUCCGGGUUCAGGUGGAUGGGAGCAUUGGACGGUCGCCUACCGAUGAAAUUAGCAGCCUCGUGACCGGAGGCAAAGGGGCGGUGGAAGCAGGAGGUGGGGAGGCAGGACGCAAGCGGGACAAGACAGAAGACAGAGGCCGAGAUGGAGGAGCACGGUGAGGCUGGUGGAGUGGAGAAGGACCAUACAAAGCAUGUGGGGCCACCGGUGGUGAACGAGACUGGUGGCCCAAUAGAGCACGUAUGCGCUGCACUGUGCCAGCUCACGGACCUCUUCAUUCUAGCCACCGCAUCAUUCCGCAGCUCAGUCUUAUGGUGAUGUGGCUUCCGAUGGAUAUCUAUAUAGAUGGCUCUUAAAUUCUUCUAGCGCUGGUGGACCUUUGUGUCCCUGAGUACAUUUUACACUGUCUCCCGCGUAUGGUGGGUUAUACGGUCUAUAGUGUAGAAGAGCGUUGGGGACCACAAGGUGUCCUCGUUGGGGUAAUUCUUUAUACUGCACUGGGUAGCCAAGGUUUGGCUAGUAAGAUCAAGAAUCCGACUCCGUUGAGGGUACGUCCCCCAAUUCGCUGUAUGGUGGCAUGUCAAUGGAGGAGGUCCACCCUCGUCCAGAUUGCACAGACACUGGACUUCCCAUAUAGAAGUUGGAAGACCAUUCUCUUAAACCCCAUCUCAUGCCUCCGCCUCUUCGUCAGCCAUACUGAGGAUUGAACUAAGUGCCUUCCGCUCUCUCUGGGCCUGUCCCAACCCAGAUGAGACGACAGUGACACCUUGCCGCAAUUCUCGCUAUUACUUGCCAAAAGCAUGCGCCUCUCUGGACUGCUGCCCCCGACCCCUUCCCGAAAACCAGUGGAGACGGGCGGGAAUUUUCUGAAUAAGGAAAAUGGGCAGUGAGAUGUUUCCUUUCUUUCUUAAGACAAUGCGAUUGUAAUGUGUUUUCGGUAACACUUUAGCUGCCUUCCAGUUCCCAUUAGCUGUGAUGCCUCCUACAGGGCAAAAGCAGAAUUUCAAGGGUAUUUUAAGACAAAAAAAAUCCAGUCUUCUACUCUAUAUCCCAUCUACAUUACCACAGUAGAACAAUAUAAUAAGGUACCUCUUGUGCAAAAAAAAUGGUGUUAAAACACUCAAAACCUUCUCCUGUUCACCAAGCUAUGGCGGCCAUAUUUAUGCCAAGACUGGUCUCUUAAAGGGGAAGUAUCAUUUCUUUUUUUUUUUCAGCAGGCACCUAAUCUAUGUGCAAAAUUAUAGCAUUUUAGUUAUGAAUAGUGAGUUUUUAAUUAAUGCAUUGACCUUCGUCGAUGGUUCUCAGCUCUGAUCCCAGAUUUCAUGGGGUAACCUAUCUCAUUUUUGUCCCCCUUUCUAAAUGGUACAUCAUGGCCACCGCUUUGAAUGUAUUAUACUAAUAGUACUGAGAAUUAUUAUUAUUAUUUUUAUAUUUUUGGGAUAUCACAUAGAAAUAUUGUUAAAAAAAAUAACGCAAAACUUGCAGACCCUCUUACCGUCCUCCAUAGUGUCACAUCGAGGUUUUUCUUCAUGGGGGAGGUGGCCAAGAUUCAAUUCACUUCCGUAGUCCUGCAUUGAAUUACCCUGGUCAAGACAAAGUGGCAGAGCCCCCUUUCCUGGCACAUGCUUCUUCAAACCCCUGUGGUCAGGGUCAUGUGACCGAUCAAUGGUAUGAUCCCCCCCAAACCGAUACUUCCUCUUUAAUAAGUAUAAUACUAACUAAUCGUAUACAUAAAAUGUAUUGUUACAAUGGCAAAUGUCGGGAAGUCAUAUUUCCUGUAGGUAUGUGUACAGAAUCUCAUGAAAUGCAAAAAAAAUGUACCCGCGUACUUACAUGCACAUGUUACACCAUAGGGCCUAAUUUCGAUAGGUUAGUCCAGCGGUCUCCAACCAUUGGCUCUCCAGGGCAUGCUGAGAGUUGUAGUUUUGUCGCAUGUUGGAGACUAUUGGGUCUCUAUUUAUUACCCACAUGAACCAGUCGACCAGCAGGGUGUGGGAGGUUAUCUGUUAUUUAUGGGUUAAAUACGGUCAAGGUAAAAAGCGCCCAUGUAGGGUGGGCGCAGAAUCGCACCAUUAUGUCCCCCUCCCUAGGCCCGUCUUGGCUCUGAUCAAUGUAGGCAUAAAGGUUGUACACACAUACAUAUAUAUAUACUGUAUACAUGUGUGUGUCCUCACGUGUAUGCCGAUGCUUACAUACAUGUACAUAAAUACAUAGGUAUGAACAAAUGCGGAUUCACAGACGGCUAUAUGUAUAUACUCAUCCAUAUGUAGAUCUAUAUGUACACAGGGAGAUAGUACUUGCAGUGCCUGGAUAGAAGGGCAGCUCUUAGACGUGCCCAGGUUUCCUGUGACUCCUCCCCAGGUCUUGCCCCUUCUUCUUCUCCUCCUUAUGCUCUGACUUCUGCGGUGACCGAACGUUCCUGCUGCGCGAUAUAUAUUCUGCAGAACAAACUGCAAAAGCCAAAAUAAAUGCAUUGA